AUGGCCGAGUCUGAGCGCUACCUGCCCGUUCUUAUCUCUAAGCUUGAGUCUACUCUUGAGGAGAACGGUCUGGCCCGCGAUUCGAUUGUCAUGCGUAUGACUGGUUGCCCCAACGGUUGUGCCCGCCCAUGGCUCGCCGAGGUUGCCUUUGUUGGUAAGGCCUACGGUGCCUAUAACAUGUACCUGGGAGGUGGCUACCACGGCCAACGUCUGAACAAGCUCUUCCGCUCUUCUAUUAAGGAGGAUGAGAUCCUGGAGAUCAUGAAGGACUUGCUCAAGCGUUACGCCCAGGAGCGCAACACUGACGGCGAGACUCCUGAGCGCUUCGGCGACUUCUGCAUCCGCGCCGGCGUCAUCAAGGCCACCACCGAUGGACAGAACUUCCACGCUGAUGUCGCCGAAGAGGAUGAGGAGGAUGAGGAGUAA